UCUAAUUGCACUGCAACUCUUACAAGUUUCGAAGUAUAACACUCAUCAUGGUACGUCUUUCAUCACCAAGCGAUAGGAAGUCGAUGUCGAACACCCGAACGCGGUCCACAGUGUCGAAGGCGCUCAAGUCAUUGAUUAAUACAGACAAACCACGCGUAAUGGCCCGUAAUAGAGUUGUUUCACCCUACCAGAGGAUUCAGAAUCGGCAUAAAUGCACCUGCGAACCUUGUUACCAGUCUCCUACUAGAUCAGAAGACCCCCCCAGCUACUCUGAAUAUCGCGAAGACGAAUUCACCGAUGCAGAAGACGUCACUCAGAGGCACCAGGAUCACGAUGACGAUGACGGUUCCGCGGACUCUGACUGGGACGAACAUGCGACUUUAAUUGCUCUCUUACACGACGGAGAGGAGGCUUCUGGAUGUGCUGAUGGCAUGGCUAUCAUCGAUCGACUCUCAUCAACAUUCCUUUCUCGUCACCGCGAAGCAAUAGAACAGUUCAGGGAGACUAUCGUUCCGGUGCUUACUCGAGUAGGAGAAGCUCACAAAGUCUUUUCGCAUGGCAACAAUUCGACUUUGCUCCGUGGAGCUGCCCUAUUUGACAAGAGCUCGAGAACUGACGAAGAUGCCGCAAGGCAUGAACACGAUCAAGUGGUUCGGGCGUUUGAUAGGGUGACAGACACGCUUCAAAAUUUAUCUCUUCAGCUGCAAGAUGUAUGCGCUGAGAGUGACAAGCUCCUCGAUAGUCAUGAAAGGGCCGUCAACGAACAUGUCCAACGACUUCAACGUUACUGGAAAUCGGUGCCCGGGGACGUUGAGAAACUCAUAUGUAGACUUGACCAGACAACCAAGUCUGUCGCAGCCGAAGAUCAUGCAAAAGCCAAGGAGAAACUUCUGCGAGGCAUCCUGGACAGAUACUGAGUAUAAUUCGCCUUCUAUUGCAUGUCAUGUCACUAUUGAUUCCAUACGGCGUGUUCUUGCCAGUGGAUUCAUCACGAAAUUCUCGUAUUGUUUGUAUGACUUGCGUUGUCAUUUAAAUGCAAUUCCUUUGUACUGUUCUCCAACCGUUACCUGUCAUAAUUAAACCAUGAAUUCAGACCGUGA